CGGAAGGGUAAUAGCGAACAUCAUUAGGCUUUCUUGUUCCUGGGUUCGGUCGCUGUCUCUGUCUGUGUUGUGUUGGUGUUCGUGGAAGAAGAGAAGGAAGAAUAUGAGAUGAUAUGAUAACAGCAGAUAGGUCUGGCCUGGUUAAGAAGAAUAGUAGCGUUGCCACUUCGGCAGAGAAGAAGGAAAACCAGAAAGAGAAAGAGAAAGAAAAUCAUCCACAUAACACCAAAACCCAACAAACUCAUCAUGGAUAUCUGGCGCAACAUGAUUUUUCCAGUCAGGCGUGUCUGGCUUGCUCUCUCUGCUCGUCUCAAGACUCGCAAAAACGGAGAAGGACUGCUGAAGCUUCAGGAUGAUGUACAGACUUGUGGAUAUGAAGAUGUACAUGUGAUGUGGGAAAUGCUACAAAGAACCGAAAGCGAUGUUACAGAAAACCACCAUAAGCGUAAGCAAUUGCCGUUCUGGAGGAUCUUUGUAUGGUCCAACCACACUGAAGCUUCAUCAGAAUCUGCAAAUCACACUUAAAAACCAGACACAGGUUUUACGUUUACAAAUAAAACCUCCACUGAUGUAUUGCAGUCUGCAACUGGCAAGCCACCGUUCUUUUAUCUCCCCUUUGCCAGCAUGGCGGAGGCAUGUUUCUUGGCCGCUGAAACCAAGUACACGUCCCUGUGACAACAAAAUCGUUUGAGGUUUCUCUUUUACAACUGAAACUGUACUCCGUAUGACAGUAGUAUGUAAAUAUGCCAAUAGUUUGUCAGAAGUCAUACCCGGGUUUCUCUAACGGCAAAGCAAGCAA